AUGGGGUCUGUUUCCAACCAGCAGUUUGCAGGUGCGAAGCCGGGCGAGGAGCCGGCCGGAGACUCGCCCAAGGCCGAGAACGAGUCCCAGCCCCUGCACGGCUCCGGCAUCUGUAAAUGGUUCAACGUCCGCAUGGGCUUCGGCUUCCUCUCCAUGACCGCCAAGGGCGGCGCCACCCUGGACUCGCCCGUCGAUGUCUUCGUGCACCAGAGCAAGCUCCACAUGGAGGGCUUCCGCAGCCUGAAGGAGGGCGAGGCUGUCGAGUUCACCUUCAAGAAAUCAUCCAAAGGCUUGGAGUCCAUCCGGGUGACCGGCCCCGGGGGCGUCUUCUGCAUCGGCAGCGAGAGGAGGCCCAAGGGGAAGAGCCUCCAGAAGCGCAGAUCGAAAGGAGACCGGUGCUACAACUGCGGCGGGCUGGACCACCACGCCAAGGAGUGCAAGCUCCCUCCGCAGCCCAAGAAGUGCCACUUCUGCCAGAGCAUCAGCCACAUGGUCGCCAACUGCCCCGCCAAAGCACAGCAGUCGCCCAGCUCGCAGGGAAAGCCCGCCUACUUCCGAGAGGAGGAGGACAUGCACAGCCCGGCGCUGCUCCCCGAGAGCCGGGAGUGA